ACGUUUUAUUUUAGUUUCGUUUGUAUUAUUACGAAUAUUAACACAUAUUGUUUAUAAUUUCAUUCUUAUUACAUAUCCGUAAACGACUGCAUGGUGUUUAAUCAUUUGUGAUGUUAUUUUGCUUUAGAUAAUUUUUGUCCGGCCAGUCUGAGUCUGUGACGUCAUUGUUGGUCUCUAGAAAGCGGCCAUUUUGUAUGCCGCAUAUUUCAUUUCAGGGCUCUAUCUUCAUAAGACUUUUUCUAUUCGGCAAUCUAUUUAUUUAUGUUUUAGGUAAAAGUUGUAAGAGUAUUCGUGUUCAACAAGUACUGAGUCGGACAUAAUGGAAGAGCGAACAGCGGCGAAGGAACUUGAUCAAUGGAUUGAGCAGCUAAAUGAAUGCAAACAACUGACAGAAAAUCAAGUCAAAAUACUGUGUGAAAAAGCCAAAGAAAUACUGGCUAAAGAAUCAAAUGUACAGGAAGUGAAAUGUCCGUUAACGGUCUGUGGUGACGUGCACGGCCAAUUCCAUGAUCUGAUGGAAUUGUUCCGCAUUGGUGGAAAAUCACCUGACACAAAUUUUCUCUUCAUGGGUGACUAUGUUGACAGAGGUUACUACUCGGUGGAAACCGUUUCCCUUCUAGUUGUACUUAAGGUUAGAUUUAAAGACAGAAUUAUAAUUUUACGAGGAAACCAUGAGAGUAGACAAAUUACACAGGUCUACGGGUUUUACGACGAAUGUUUACGCAAGUACGGCAAUGCCAACGUCUGGAAGUAUUUCACAGAUCUUUUCGACUAUCUUCCUUUGACAGCCCUUGUUGAUGGACAGAUAUUUUGUCUUCAUGGUGGUCUGUCACCUUCAAUAGACACACUUGAUCAUAUUAGAGCUCUAGAUAGAAUACAAGAAGUUCCGCAUGAGGGACCUAUGUGCGAUCUACUGUGGUCCGAUCCCGAUGAUCGUGGUGGCUGGGGCAUUUCCCCUCGUGGUGCUGGGUACACGUUUGGCCAGGAUAUCUCUGAAACGUUCAACCACAGCAAUGGCCUCACCUUGAUAUCUCGAGCACAUCAGCUUGUUAUGGAGGGCUACAACUGGUGCCAUGACCGCAAUGUAGUGACCAUCUUCAGUGCACCCAACUACUGCUACCGGUGUGGUAACCAAGCAGCCAUCAUGGAGCUGGACGACGCUCUGAAAUACUCGUUCUUACAGUUUGAUCCUGCUCCGAGACGCGGAGAACCUCAUGUAACACGGCGAACGCCAGACUAUUUCCUGUGAGCAGUCUGUGAGAAACAUUUCAUUGUGAAUAGCCAAGUCGAAGAACAAUUUAACACGAAAAAAAAUGAUCUGUGAAAAAAAGUAGUGCUUGCUUUAUUUGGCAAAAGGAAGAAAAUUGUUUCCUUGUUAGACAAACUUCCUGAUUAAGUGGAAUAGCAGAAAACAUUUUGGUCAGGAAGAACAGAGUACAAAUUGUGAAGCAAUAUCUUUUUCCUGAAUUGUCACACCGACACAUCCUUUGUAAUUGUGAUAUUUAUUUUAACCAUCCCUAAGUAUUGCAUUUCUGGUGGUUCCAUGAGCAAACUGGUGCAAAAUCUAUCUUUAAUAGUUACAUUAUGUGGAUGGCAACUAGGAAAUUUGGAAUUAUAUAUCAAUGUAAGUAUCAAAGAGAAAUAGACCUGAUUUAUCCUAGCUUUUUGGCAUCUAGACUACUUUGAAUAUUCAAAUUUUUUUUUUUUAAUCUUAAAAUAAAGUUUACUUGCGUUAUUAAAAAUAUUGUCAUCAACCGAUCUUAUUCUUGGUUACAAGGGUGUUGCUCUGUUGAAAUACCAAGCUACAGUAUUAUUGGUAAUGGGGUUAUUGCUUUUAUCUGCUCUUUAAUCAACUCCUGAUUAACUGAUCCACCACUAGUGAAAAAGUCUUUGAACUACAGGGAUUUUAUCUUUAGUUUAUUCUCUAGUUUAUUUAUUAGCUUCCAAGUAAUAUUUUACAUUCCUGUAAAUUAUUCAGAUUACAUAUGUAAAUUACUUACAUAAAUCAGUUAAGCAUCUUAAACAUUUGCCAUCCACAUUAAAAAUUGAUGAAGUGGAAACAUACUAUACGGUAUCGAGUGACAAUGUCUGGAGGAACGGCUGUUCCUCGAGACAAUUUGCUUGUUUUGCUCAAGAGAUCUGAUGAAUUUUUGUCUCCUCAGAUACCAGAUUUGGGUACAUUUGAAAUAUGUUAAGUUUAAAAUAUAACGUUUAGCUCUGAAAUGUUCGAAUAAGAUCUUAUUUCUUUCUGUUUGAUCUUCUCGGGGGGAAAAGAAGCAUGUACUUAAUUCACUCAUUGUUUGAAUUCCCUUAAGGAGGAAAGUGUUUUGCAUGAUUUGUAUACUUGUGUUCUUUUAUCAGUGUUUUAGAUACAGCGACAAAUAUUGCAAGAUACUCCUGUGUAGACCAUGUGUUGUAUAUAUAUAUAAUUAAAAUUGUGAAAAAUGUUUUUUUUUUCCUUUUCCUUUUUUUUUUUUUUUUUUUUUUUUUUUUUCAAUGUUAAGAAUCUACAACUUGAUGUUUGAAUACAUAUUUAUUAAUUUUAACAUUGAAUUUUUUCAGUUCCUUAAUUAAAUUUUCCUGACCUAUGCUUUCCCCUCUCCCCCCCCCCCCCCCCAUCCCUCCCCUUAAGACCUGCAUUCAAAAUGAGGAUUGUACACUUCCCAUUUUAUUAACAAAAUUCUGUAAAUAAGGAGGUAGUGUGCACUGCUUAAUGACAAAAGUAUUCACAGAACCCAAAACUUAAGCUUAUUUUUAAAAUGUUUGAUAUGUCAACCUUGCUAAAGAUUUAUGUCACUAAUAUUUCACUUAUUUGGAAUUCUCUGACUUUAAGAUCUGUAAUAUUUUACAAUUACUAUAUUCGGGUUGAAAAAUUGCAUCAGAUUUAUUGAUGUUGGGUAACAUUACUGGUUGUAGGAAGAUUAAUUUGGACCGUUUUGAUAAAUGUUGGGGGUUGAUUCUUUUGCAAGCACAUUCUUCCACCUCGCGUGAUUCGCUGCUUUUAAAAUGACAAUUUAAAAAAUUGUAUCCAGGUUUGGCUAGACUAGUAGACUUUAUUUUGACUGAUAGAAUUCCAAGCUAGGAUAUGUCAUGUUUGGAAUUAAUAUUUUAACUAGAUGAACUAUCCCAUUACAUGAUGAUCCAUUUCUUGUACAUUUAUAGCCCAGUAUAACUUGAAUGUGUAAACCCAUGUCAGAAUUACAAGGUGUGCUUUAUCUAGUAGGUCUCCGCACAUCCGUGACUAAACGAAAGAACAUAUUGUUCAUUCCAUUUGUGUAUGGGAUAAGCAUGUUAAUCACACCCUGUGUUAGUAGCAUCACAUAAUACUUGUGUUUCCACUGUACGAACAAACUGAUUAUCCAGUCAGGUGUUGUUAUUGUAAAAUAAAUUUAUGUCAAUAAAA